AUGAAUUCUCUACUGGAAAAUGUUACAAGUGACCUAAACAACUGUAGGUCUGAGUUAGCAAGUAGAGAUGCAACGAUAAAAGCACUGAGAAUGGAGUUGGAACAGACCCAAGGAGAUUUUCUUACAAAUUUCAAGGCUAAAGAAGCUGAAUGGAGGUACCAUUUGGAAAUGAUGACAGGAGAUCUCAACAAGUGUAGGUCUCAGCUAGAUAGUAAAGAUCCAAGACUGAAGAAACUACGAAUGGACUUGGAAGAGUGUCGCUGUAUAAGCUUGCAGCAGAAUGAGGAGAUUUCUAUGAUGUUAUUGGUGUUAAAAGACGUUAUCUCUGAGGCGCAAAUGAAGUUUGCAGAUGAAAAGGCUCAAAUAGACCAGACUGAAAAAGAGAAUGAACGGAAUAUUUCCCUAUUGAUGCAGCAGCUGGAGACGAAGAAUGCUACCAUUGAGAGAUUACAGAAAGAUAUUGAGAAGGAGCAUGAGAAUGUUGCAUCUUUGUUGAGAAGAGGUGAGACAUUGGAUGCCAUUGGUCAGCAGCAGCUUUUAAUGCAUAAAGAUCUUGAGCAGUAUGAGGAAAUGAUCGUGGAAUCAUUUGUGUGUGAGAUCUUCUUAAGAGAACAAAUUUUGCAAAUGGAAAGUGUUUUGAAAAAGAAACUGAGGGAAUUAUGCAUCGAACUAGACAUAACACACACUGAGCUAGCUGAGAAAAUCUGUGAAGGGAAUGAAAUUGAAUUUGAACUAUACAUAUGGAGAUCAGUUGCCAAAGGCUUAUUGGUUUAUCUUGAAGAAAACUAUGAAAUGCGUAAAGAGUUAGAAGCUUCUCUUCUUUCACAAGUAGAUGUUGGGGAAAUCACCAAGCAAGAAAAACAGCAUCUUCAGUGUAUGCUGGAACAGAAAGAUGAUAGAAUAUAUAAACUCCAGCACAAGGUGGAGUUACUAGAGCAGAAUCUCAAAACAAGAGAAGCUGCUGCUAACUCAGCUGAGAUGAAAACAGCCAUGUCCUUGGAGUCAGAGAAAGCUAGCUUUCUCCAAAUGAUAAGAGAGAAGGAUAAGAUCCUAGAGCAGCUCCAGAAAGAAGUUGAAUGGCUGGAGCAAGAAUCAUUGAGAAGAGAACUUGAGGAAGUUUUGCUCUCAAGAAUUGUAGCAGAAAGAACAAUUGAGCAUGAAAAAGAGCUUAUGGAACAGAAGAACCAGAGAAUAAAUGAGUUGAUGCAGCUUGUGGGAUCAUUUGAAGAUAAAUUUAGUAACUCGUUAAUUUCUUUCUCUUCAGAGCUCGCCAAGAAACAGGCAGAGAUUAAUCUGACACAUAAAGCGUGGGAGAAAAUAACUGCUGCCCAGAUUAUGGCUGCACUAGAAAUUGAAGAGAAGAAGCUUAUGAUUGCUGAACUUGAGGAUGACAUCCAUAAUGUAAAGUAG